AUGGUCUUUGGGAAAGGCAGAAGACAAAAUACAAAUGAAAGUGACUUCUGGAGUUUUCACUCAGGUAACUUUAUAAACUGUACGGACGGUGAGGCUAGGAAUUUAACUGAGGUGUUUUCUGUCUUCAGUGAUAUCCAACCCAUUUAAGUGACUAACUGCGAGGAAAAAACAUAGACUAUACAUGAUAAAACAGACUGCAUAAACUCUUAGCCAUCGUCAGUCUAUAAACGUCAUUUAGAAUUUAGAAGAGCUGUGUCAUUUCCCUCUUAGGAAAUGUCAUCUGAUAAUGUACAAUACUAUAGACAGUUUAUGGCCUGCAUCGGUAAAUUUGGUCAAUAACGCCGCACUUCUUGGGUGUUUGCGCGCUCUACUAAACUUGAAUUUUUCCCUGUUACACUUGGAGUAUUUGUCGAAUCUGGUUACCCCUUCUCCGCUGGGAAAGGACAAAUUUUGAAAUACCACUUUAAUUCCAAUUCACGGCAGCUGAGGUCAGAACUCAAGAAGUUACAUGAAAAAAAUAAGUAUUAAAAUACAAAAGGCAAACAGAACUGUAGUCACUUGGAAUUGAGUUCCUUCAACUUUGCAGUACGGUCGUGGGCAUUGUAUCAUAUUUCGCUCUCAUAUCAUUACAGAAGACAAUAAACCUGAAGCCAUUCACAAGGCCGGUCGUUGGAAACAAUUUUUUCCGUUCGGGUUUUGGUACGAAUUUGUGCAAACGUCUAAACUGGCCGGGCCAAUUGUAAGUUCAGAUCAACUUUGACAAUAUUUUGAUUUUUCAUGCUGAUUCCCGACUGGAGAGUCCUAAUGUUCGGUAUUCGGAAUUAUGUUUCCAUCUAUAACUUGUGCCUAAUUGGUUAAGCUUUACAUUAUUUAAAUGACACAAAGUAAACUGACUAUUCUACCUACUCUUUUUCGUAACGGGCAAAUAAUAUGCACUGCCUUAAUGAGAAAUCAAAAACGCUUUAUUAUUAAACUAGACUAAAAUAUAAUCGGCGUUUCCUCCAAGCAUGGGAUUUCAACCAUAUUUAACUCAAUGUGCCCUUGAUAGUGACUUUCCUUUUCUUUUGACUUCAAUGAUAUGGUCGGAAUCAGUAAAAAUAGCACAAUGUAAAAUAUAUUAAACUACAAUUUAUUCCAAUUUAUCUAAUAUGAGUGAACUUUUGGAAGCCCCGGUGCUGUAAAUCAACAAUACUAUUUGUACAUAAUAUAUACAAUUUACAAAUUACUUUGAACUUUUAUAAUUUAUGCAUUUACCCCACCGGGAAGCGUCGGCAAAAACCGUAUUUUGAUGAGACAAAUUCCAGGGAGGUACCUGAAUAAUUGAUGUCGUACUCCACACACUCGUGCACUCAUUCGUGCAUUCGUGCUCCACAUUCGUGCACUCGGGAGCAUUUCAUUUUUUCAGUAGGUACACACCUCUGGUGUUUUUCAGUCUUGCAAAAUGACAGUUAAUAGACUUGGACCGUUGGCAGUAUGCAUGUUUACUAUGCCAUUAUUGUCUUCAUUUUCACUCAAAUAUAUUUUUUAGAUGCUAACUGCCUUGGCGAUUAAUACAAUUUGCGUAGUGAGUACACUCUUCUGUGGUCGUCUUGGAAGAGCCGAGCUGGCCGCAACUGGGCUGGCCAUUUCGGUAUUCAAUGUCACAGCGAUUGCCAUAAUACAAGGCCUGGCUACAGCAUGCGACACACUUUUCGCUCAGGUGGGUUCUACGCAUACUGCCCUUCGGAAAGUCGACGAUGCAUGGCUAUGAAGAAAGGACAAUGAGUGAAAAAUUAUAUUGCGAUAAGUGUAGCUCCAUUUACUUCGGCAAAUCACGUAUUUUGAGUCUUCGAUUAUGACUAACCCAGUAUCUGUAUGAGGGACGGAAUAACACGAACUGAACAAUUUGGAGAGUUAGAAGGUUCCGGCUGCCUCCUAUAGAUCGCCAAAUACUGGGUUAGUCAUAAUCGAAGACUCAAAAUACGUUAUUUGCGGAAGUAAAUGGAGCUACACUUAUCGCAAAAUCUGAGUUCUUAGUUUUGACAUCCCUACUCCUGCUUUACUGUUAGCCAUAAAUUAGAUAUCUCAUUUUCCUUUUCUGAUAUUCAUACUUAAACAAUGGAUUGGAGGAUAAAUUUUUAAAACGACCUUUUUAUAAAUAAGUCCAGUCACGAUUUCUUGCAAAAAAGUCGUAAAUCGACUAUGCUGAAUGAGAGGUCCCUAUGCAAAGUUAAAAUUUUCCUAACUUUUCCAAUUGAAUUAAGAGGAAACUGGAUUUGUGUAGCGGUGUCCACUAAAUUACCACCCGAUCUCUGUAACCAUGACGAAUUCCGUGUUAUAAUACUACUUGCUAUAUUUCAGUAACAUUUUAAACUGAGUUUCUUAUUGUCCCCAACCCAUCGCAUACGCUUACUGACAUGCACCUAUGCAACUUUUGUCACCGGAUAUAUCAUUUAUUUCGCUGCACUCGAAACGACCGCUCUACAACUGCUCGUACCACUAACAUUCGAGACAGUUUGUUUGUCUGUAGAGAUCUGACGCUUUUCCGAUUAUUUGUUCCUUUUAUGAUACCUUUUCGAGUUUUUGAGAUUUUGCAGUUGCAUGUACUCAAUAGGGAGUUCAAAGGUGAAGACCUACAUUUCCCUCAAUAAAAUGAACUGAACUGAAACGCUUAAACAAUUGAAAGGGCCAUUUUACCCUAGGAGACACAUAUUAUAUCCCAGUGCUGAAUAUCAAUAUGGAAAACGCUAAAUGCACUCACAUGAUCUCACAACCAAUGUCUACUAAAUUCGUGCUAGGUUCGGCAGUGCUUCAACAAAUGGAGCAUUAUUCAAGCGUUUAGUGGAAUGUAUCCGCUUCAGUAAUUAUCUGUUCCGAUAGAAAAAAACGUACCUCCGUUUACCCAAGCUAUCCAAAUAGGUGCAUUUUCAGUCUUGAUCAAACAGAUCAUUUUUUACUAAACUGUAAAUUAAACAUCAAAUUCUGAUCAAAAAGGGAAAACAUCCGUUUGCUUUAAAACUUUUCUCCCAGAAAGUAGUGUUUGCCAAUGCCGAUUUAGGUUCCUUCAAGGAAGCUGCAAACAGUCAAAAUUUGUUCUACGAUACUAUGCAAAUACUGACUUUUUUCAAUUUUCAUUUCCGUCCCCACAUCUGACUAAAGAUACAAAAAUACCCGCUAUCUCAGAAUGUUUAAACAUAUGACGGUCUACAAGAUUCGAAUUCAGGAACCCUCAAUGUUUAAACCUGAAGUGUGGAAAACGCCACUUUUUAAAUAGAUUGUCCUACGUUCCGUACGAUGUGGAUGGCGUCAACCAAAUGAACAUAGGUAGAACCAACAGUGUCCUUCCUUUCAUAACUUUAGUAGAAUCCGUGGCUUGCUAAUAAACUGUGAUGUUCUUAGUUACAUACAUAUAAAUUUGAUUUUAAAGCAGACGCUUGUUUGGCCUUUGUGUGAUAAACUUCUCUAUGCAAAAAACCCAUCGCUCUGCUUUUUAUUUUCCGCAAAAGUUCUAGGAAAACUGCUCAUAUGAAAGCAUAUUAACACAAUUAGAUAUCUACUAUUUCGGUCAUAAUUUGUCUAUGACGGUAAAGCGGUUUGUGAAUAGGGCGUACAGCCACGGAACAUAGGUUUCUCGAGAGAUAAAGACGCGAAUUAGUAGGUUUCGCAAAAGUUGUGGUUCAACUGUAGACAAAAUAGAGCAUUUGCUUUCUAAAGUCUAUUAUUAAUUUGGCAUGCGGUUUUUGCUAUUGCAGACGUUUGGUGGAACGAAGAAACUGAAUAUGGGAAUUCAACUGCAAAGAGGUAUGACCGUCCAAAACCGAUAUUAUUGCGCUGAAUCCAAUAGUUAUAUUUAAUACAUGGAUGAAAAUCAAAUGCUUUAUUUCGCACAUCGCAUACUUUGUUUUUACUUCAUAUGACGAAUUUUUAUUGGUACUGAGAUAAGUCCAAUUGUAUUGCCCCACACGCAGGAAAUACAAAACAUUUACAAAUUGUCUUAUUAUUGUUUGAUAGACGUACAAGUUUAAAACAUUGCAUAAUAAAAUCUGCCAAAAUACAUGUGCAAAAGAUACGAGAAUUUACAGCUUCCGAACUAAUUUACACUCGAAAAUAUUUUAUAGAGUAGGCCUCUUUAUAAUCUCGAGGUAAUUUGCCUUUUUUAAAAUUGUGCUCUUAUUAUAGCACUCUUCAUUAUCACAAUCUCAUGUUUUCCGUCCCUGGGGCUUCAUCUUUGCAUUGAGCCGGUUCUCUUGGCCAUGCGGCAACACCCGGUAACCUCGAAGUACGUACUUCCAACGUCGGACACCUGAUACUACAUGACAUAAUGUCAAAAAGGUCCUCCAAAUCAAUAUAUACGCACAGAAAUCCGGGACUGAAGAAAUAUCAUCUAUUUGCAAAAUUUUGAAUAUAAUAAAUGCUCAUAUGAAAGGAGAUAAUUGGCAUAGAGAUAUAGCCGAAGAGCUUAAAGUAGAAUUCUCGACUUUGAGAUAAGAGGCACAGGAAAAUUUAUCAAAAACAGCGCAUACUCCUUUUUAGAAGCGUUGGCACGUACUUGUUCUACACAUUGCCCGCUGUAGAGGUAGGUUAAAGAUCCGUACAAUUCCACCACCCCGUUUACAGUUUGCUGCAAUUUACACCGUUUUGACGAAGUUUAUACAAACCCAGGUAAGAAACAUCUGGAUAUUUCUUCAUGUACCGCACGUGCGUGGUUGUUACACUUCAUUUUACUAUACUAAGAUAUUUUCACUACGUCCAAGGCAGCUUUUAAUUCGUAUGAUGAUUGUCUUACUGUGCUGCAGAAUUGUCACAGUCAACGCCUAACUCACCGUUAGUGAUAAGAACUCAACAAGAUCAUUUAAACAUUGGGAAUUUUGAAGUGCUCAAGUGAGUGCAAUCUCAGAAAAAUCAAAAAUAGAACUACUGUUAUUGUUUCUUCGAAACCAUAAAAUUCGUAAUGCACAGAAAUUUGUUUUCAACUUUAAGGAGGUUUUUAAGGCCUGCUCUCCUUUGACCUUGCAACUAUUACCAAAUAUGCCGAUAAUCUUCUCUGCAAAUGACGUUCAAAUAUGUUUUUUUUCAUAGAAUAAGGUGUUGGCCCCACUUGUGAUAGGUUUCCUCGGAAAUGGUCUUAAUGCUUUACUUCAUUACGUACUUCUGUAUCAUACCCAAAUCGGACUGAGGUAAGACCCUCCUGAAUAACGGGAAUACGACUUGCAGAUUUUAAUUUUCCCGGUCUACAUUUAGAACGUCCUUCCUAAAAUUUGCUCACAAAAUGUUUUAGGCCAGAAUUGACUUGAAGUUCUCCGAGACCGCACAGUUGGCAAACUUAUGAUGCGCGAGUGACUUUGAUAUAAAUACCUUUUCAGUGUGCUUAAAUGCAAACAAAUAAAAUCACGCGGGAUUUUCCGUGUAUUCUCUGAACCCUCUUCAAACUGCAGUAAAUAAAGCCUGGCUGGCUGAAUCAUUCAACACGAUCUCUGGGGUUAAUAAAGAUCUAUUCGCCAAAAAAAUUGUGAGGGAGAGAGGGCACCUGUUUACUAUGAAAUGUGUAUUUACCGUCAGUUAAAAUGUCAGACCAUGGGUAAGUAACACAGUGUUCGGAAAAAAAAUUUAUCGCGAGGUUGAAUUAAUGUGCCCGAAAUUUACAAAGUGAAUAAGUUUACUCAAAACAAAGUCUAUGUUUUGGUUUAUUUAGACUUGAUUUAAUGUGUGUUCGGUAGCGCCAUCAAAGGGAUAUGCACAUUUAGAGCAAAUUCGAAUUAUCACUCUGAUUAGUGGUCUCUGAACCGAAUUUCGGGCAUAUCAUAACGUGCACAGACCCAAACUACUUUUGUUUCAGUCAAAGACACAUUCUUGCUAGAUAAUGGACGUGUGUCUUAGGGAGACCGGCUGCAAUAACCUAUAUGUUAUUUCAGGGGGUCCGCGAUAUCUUUAUCAAUAUGCUUCUUUGUCGAAGCGGCCUUGAGUGCGCUUUACAUUUACUUCUCAAAAAUUUACAAGGAGACAUUUAAUGGUGAGACGUUUUUUUAUUUAAUCUAUACUCAUUGUCGCAUUUUCUGUGUCUUUGCAGGAGUUAGUUUCCAUUUUACAAGCUUCACAUCACAAACUUUAAAAAUGGGUUUAACAUGUAUUUUCGCCAAACUAAAUACUGAAAAAUCAGAAUGGGUAAAUAUGUUUGACACUUUUUAACUAUUUUCGCUUUUCAAAUUUUCUAAAAGUGGUGGUUAGUCAAUAUUCGAUCUUCCUAAUAGGACUCGUUGAAGACGUUUCAAUACAUUUGCUUACGUAAAACAAAUUGCGUAAAAUGACAGUUAUGCAGCAUCGUAUUGGCAUGUAUAAGAAAUGUAAUAAUGGACUAUUUAACUUGAUGGCAUGUAAAAUACUGUACUGUUUCAUGUUUUACAACCGUUUAUCAAUUUCUUUAGUACUGCAGUAUUAGGCAUGUGAUUGCAAAUACUGCUCUUGAAAUCCCCCGGUAGCCAUAUAAGAAAGAUUUGCAUACUUUUAACAAAGAAGCAGAUAUUGUAAUAGGUAGAGAAGGGUACAGCAAAAUUUCUUUUUUAGUUUUUUACAACACAGCACACUCCUAUUUUCCGCGAUUAAGACCUCUUUAGGCUCCUUUUAUGUGAGCAUUACUCAAUACACCCCUAUGGAGAUCGAAAUUGUAAGAUUGUUUUCUGAAAGGAAUUCCAUAGAGUUUUAUUUGCAUAAUCGCAGGAUACAGCCCCGAGAUGUGGAAGGAUUGGAAUAAAUGGUACAAACUUGCCAUACCCGGACUAAUUAUGCUUGGAUUACAAUGGUGGAUUUUCGAAAUCGGGACAAUAUGUUCGGGUAGUUAUUUAGUUUUUUGCCAUAUCUCAGAAAAUACAUUUCAGCAAUCCGAUAAUUCGUUAAGGUAUGUUAGUAAACAUAUCCCCUUGACAUAUGACGCCGUCCUUCUCCGCUAUUUAUAAUGGUACAUCCCUCUUGCGUUUGGACAAAAGUGAAUGUGUUUAUAGUGAAAGUGAAUGUUUAUUCGUUGCUCUUGGACAAAGGGUAUCCAUUAGGCAUUUCGAAACGGAAAAAUUAAUAGGAGUAAUUUUGUUGCAGUGGGUGCACUACACACUCACGCAAAACGGGUAUCUCACUAACUAAAGAACCGUAUAUAUGCACAUUUGUUCAAUUUAGAUUGCAUAAGAAAAUACGUUAGUUGUCGCGUAGGAGCAUCUACUGUUUAUGAUAAGGUCUUAUUACUCUAGUGAAUUCUGGUUCAUAAAAAUAAAACCACUGACAAUAGUCUGCUGGUGAUCCAUCAAAAUAUGAUUCCGAGUGGACUUAAGAUGACGAUUUCAAGAGCACUGCAAAGUUCAUUGUCUAAAUACUAAAGCAGAAGCAUCCUCCUAUGGACUGUUAUUUUACAUGAUUCACACUCGAACCCAUCAUCGGCGACAUUAUCAGAUACGUCUCCAAUACAACCUCUGGUGAAGAGUUUCAGUCCGUACCCGAAACGUCAGCAAUUUCAUCACUCCUCUAAAUUAUUGUCUGGAACCUGCAUUUUUGCAUAUAUCGGCAAUUGUACGUAUUUGUUAAUUCAUAGGCAUUGCUGGUGAAACGGAACUAGCAGCUCAGUCCAUUCUCUUUAAUCUGGAUGCCAUCGUUUUUACCUUAGUAAGUCGUCAUACAUAA